UCCAAUUCCGUCUUACUGUUGUAUGCUUAAGCAGUGCUGACAGAUUUGUUUGUAUUUCAUGUUGAGUCGUAAGAUUUGUUUUUAGUCUUCAUAUAUCUUACAUUCGUAAUUGGAAUGUGAGGGAGUUUUUGAAAGUCAUCCCAUUUGCUGGUAUGGGUUUAUAUACAUACAUACCAAAUAGUGAAGAUACCUUAAAGUUCGAUUCCGGACUGUACACGCACCAUCAAACCAAUUCCCUAAUCAGCGCAAUGACUCUCUGAUAGCAACGAAGACGCGUUCAUCAACCACAAACUUUUCGUCCGGGACCACAAAUUUUAGUACAGUCACGAUGAACCCACAACAAGUUCAGGAGGCGUUCGAGCUCGCGCUGCGGCUCACCAAACAGGCCGGUCCGCUGGUGCUGGAAGGAUUCCGUAACGCGUCCAAGGCGGUGGACACCAAGCGGACCCACUUUGACGUGGUCACCGAGUAUGACCGCCAGGUAGAGCAGCUGUUGAUUGGGGGAUUGCUCGGGAGAUAUCCGGACCAUCGGAUUCUGGCCGAGGAGAGUUCGUCGGAAGCUGCCGCGAAGGAACCGCUGGAUGGACGACCUACGUGGAUCAUCGACCCGAUAGAUGGGACGCUGAACUUCGUUCGAGGAAUUCCGUUUGUGGCCAUUAGCGUGGCGUUGGUUGUCGAUGGAGAGCUGACCAUCGGGAUCAUUAGCAAUCCCUGCAUGGACGAGAUCUACACGGCCAUACAAGGUCAGGGAGCCUUCCUGAACGGAGUGGCAAUCCGGACCAAGGGAAUCCAGGACCUCAAAUCCGCCAUGGUCCACAUGGGCAUCGGAAGAAAGAGCCUCGCCCACGGUGCCAACUUUGUCCGCGAAUGUUCCGGACUGCGAAUCUUCGGCUCGGCUGCGCUAACCCUGGCGUACAUUGCCGCCGGCAGCGUGGAUCUGUACUGUGUGGAGUGGCUCAAGCCGUGGGAUAUUGCGGCGGGGGCGUUGCUGGUGCGCGAAGCUGGUGGAGUUGUGCGCGGAUUCGGCGGAGGAGCGUACGACAUUAUGAAGCCGGACAUUGUGGCGGCGAGUAGUGAGGAAUUGGCCGAACGAGCGCUGGAGGUUAUGGGGAAGAGUUCUGGUUAGAGUGAGGCAAGUUUUUGGGUUGAAUUUUUGGAGAGAAUAAAAAA